AUGAAGGCUAUCCUGGUAUUUUUGGGACUCGUUCUGUUCCCCUUUCUGGCGGAAUGCAAGCCCGUAGAGGAGCCCGCUGGUAAUCUUCUGAAGAAACGAAUUCUGGAGAAAGUUGCUGAUCUCCGCCUACAUGCAAGACAUGAAAGCGAAGACGAAAGCGAAGAAGAAAGCGAAGCAGAAAGUGAAGAAGAUAGCGAUGCCGAAAGUGAAGAAGACAACGAGGAAGAAAGCAAAGAAGAAAGUGAAGAAGAAAGUGAAGAAGAAAGUGAAAAAGAAAGCGAGGAAGAAAGUGAAGAAGAAGACGAGGAAGAAAGCGAAGAAGAAAGUGAAGAAAAAAGCGAGGAAGAAAGUGAAGAUGAAAGCGAGGAAGAGAGCGAAGAAGAAAGCGAAGAAGAAAGCAAAGAUGAAAGCGAAGAAGAAAGCGAGGAAGAAAAUGAAGAUGGAAGCGAGGAAGAGAGCGUAGAAGAAAGCGAAGAUGAAAUCGAGGAAGCGAUUAAAGAAGAAAGCGAUGAUGAAAGCGAAGAUGAAAGCGAAGACGAAAGCGAAGAAGAAAUCGAAGAGGAAAGCAGAUAAUAAAGUGAACGUGGAAGGGAAGUUGAAAAAAUGAAGAGGUUGAAAGAAUUGCUUAACUUCUUAUCAGUUGGAUGAUCAUAGAAGCUAUGAAUGAUAUAUUGAAUUGCUUCUCUUUAUAAAGAUAUAACUUGUUUAAACAUUAAUAAUAUUACAUAACUAUGCUAUUCAUGUUAAAAUGUCAAUGAGUUUUUAGUUCACUGAUACGCCACAAACGAGUCUUUUUGCUAGUUGCAAUAAAACUAUUUUACA